AUGUUGUGGGUAGACAAGUACCGCCCCAAAUCCCUAGACAAGGUGUUAGUCCACCAGGACAUCGCCGAAAAUCUCAAGAAACUGGUGACGGAGCAAGAUUGUCCCCAUUUACUGUUCUACGGGCCAUCCGGGUCGGGUAAGAAAACCCUAAUCAUGGCACUUCUCAGACAAAUGUUUGGUGCCAGCGCCGAUAAGGUGAAGGUAGAAAACAAGAACUGGAAAAUUGAUGCUGGGACUAGAACCAUUGACGUGGAGCUUACAACACUGUCAAGCACCCACCAUGUGGAAUUGAAUCCCAGUGAUGCAGGAUUUCAAGACCGAUAUGUAGUUCAAGAGAUUAUUAAGGAAAUGGCAAAGAAUCGACCCAUUGACACUAAAGGGAAAAAGGGUUUCAAAGUCUUAGUUCUCAAUGAGGUCGACAAACUCUCAAGAGAAGCCCAGCACUCUCUUCGAAGAACAAUGGAGAAAUAUAGUGCAUCUUGUCGUCUGAUUCUCUGCUGCAACAGUUCUUCGAAGGUGACAGAAGCAGUCCGCUCGCGUUGCCUAAAUAUGCGAAUAAGUUCACCUACUGAAGAAGAGAUUGUUAAGGUGUUGGAAUUUAUCGGCAAGAAAGAAGGACUGCAACUCCCUCCAGGAUUUGCCUCUCGUAUAGCACAGCAAUCAAAUAGAAGCCUGAGAAGGGCAAUAUUGUCAUUUGAGACUUGCCGUGUUCAACAGUACCCUUUUACAAGCAAUCAAGCAAUACCGCCAAUGGACUGGGAGGAAUAUGUUUCAGAGAUUGCGUUGAGCAUACUCAAGGAGCAGAGCCCUAAAAGGCUGUUUGAAGUCCGAGGAAAGUUGUAUGAGCUACUUGUCAAUUGCAUUCCUCCAGACAUCAUACUGAAGAGAUUGCUUUAUGAACUGUUGAAGAAAUUGGAUUCGGAACUGAAGCAUGAGAUCUCUCAUUGGGCUGCAUAUUAUCAACAUAGGUUACGGCUUGGACAGAAAGCAAUAUUUCACCUUGAAGCGUUUGUGGCCAAGUUUAUGAGCAUCUACAAGGGUUUCCUGAUUGAGACAUUUGGCUGA